AUGGCCUCAAACGAAGGUGAAAGUGUUCAUUUAGAUGUAGUUCUGGAAAAGUUUGGUGGAUUUAGUCGUUAUAAUAUACAAGCAAUGAUUUUAAUUAGUUUUGCGUUUUUCAAUAAUGGCAUGCACUGUAUUAAUUACGUUAUGGUUGCUGAGGAGACUCCAUACAGGUGCAAAAUUGAACAAUGCGAGUCACAAAUCAAAGUUUUCGAGUCACCGUACAAUUUCACGACGCCCCAUAAUUCACGGGGCUGUUAUAAAUACACCUCAGACUCAGAAGAAUGUAGCCCGAACAGUUUCAAUAUUUCAAGCGUUGAGCCUUGCAAUGAAUGGAUUUACAAGAAAAAGGAUAGUUUCGUCGCUGAGUUUAAUCUGGCGUGUCAAGAUUGGAAGCGUACAUUUGUAGGAACGGUUCAUAGCAUAGGACUUAUGUGUGGACUAUUCUUUCAAGGAAUUCUAUCUGAUAGGAUUGGUCGAAAAGCAGCUAUCAUAAUUGCCGGUCUAGCAGCCGCUUUGUUUGGCAUCAGCAAAAGUUUUGCAACUACAUAUUUAUCGUAUAUCGUCCUUGAAUGGUUCGAAGCAACCUUCGGAGAAAAUUGUUCGCCAGCUUUUAUACUAGGUGUCGAACUCGUCCACGGCGACUACAGACUGCACCAGCAAAUAUUCUUCUGCGUGAUGGCCGCUUUGGGCGGAGUAUUAUUUUCUCUAGCUGCAUACAUAGUACCUUACUGGAGAGACUUCGUCCAAGUGAUUUAUGCACCGUCCUUGCUUUUCAUAUUAUACUACUUUGUCAUGGACGAGAGCGUGCGAUGGUUACUAAGUAAAGGAAAAAAGGAGCAAGCUACGAAGUUGCUUCUUAAAAUUGCAAAAAUAAACAAAACAAAAUUGGAUGAAAAAUUGCUCGUUAAUAUACGUUGUGAAGAUAAUGGGACGAACAGUGCUUUGUUGUCAACUUUAAAGUCAAAAAUAGUAAUUAAGCGAUUUCUGACUUGCUUGAUUUGGUGGACGUCUUGUACGUUUAUAUCGUUUGGGUUGGUCGUCAAUAUUGACUCCUUGGCCGGUAAUAAGUACUUGAACUUCGCUAUAAUGUCUCUAUCUGAUAUACCAGCCAGUGUUGCGAUGGUGUUUAUUUUAAAACGUUUCAAAAGAAAGAAGCCCUUGCUUAUAUCGUUCUUGACGGCUGGAGUGCUUUGUUUACUUCAUCCGUUAGUACCUAGAGAAUAUCUGUGGCUGUCGACGGGAGUUUACUUCCUCGGACGAUUCGUGUCCACAUUCACGUUCGGCACAGUCUACAUUUACACUUCGGAAUUGUUCCCAACAUAUUCCAGGAAUUCCAUGCACGCGUUGUGCUCCGCAAUCGGUAGAAUUGGUUCAAUCGUUGCCCCAAUGACGCCGUUACUGACAAUAUACAUGGAAAGUCUUCCAACAAUACUCUUUGGAAGUAUAUCAAUCGUGGCAGGGCUGACAACCCUCCUAGUCCCAGAUCUUGACAACGAACCUCUACCAGAUAAUGUGUUGGAAGCUGAGAAGAUCGGAUCAUAUCCCCUCACUAACAUAUCAGAUAAAAAAACUGAAGAAUAACCCAAACGCUUAAGAAAAUUAGCUUUAAAAAUAAGAUUAAUUUGUACUUUCAGUAAUUAAAUUCAUGUCUUCUAAUAAA